AUGGAGUACACACACCAAAACAGUUCGAGGGACCAUGAACAGGUGUUGAUGGUGGAUGGCCACUGGUGGGAUCUGGGAGAGGAGAUGGAGCCGGGAAACUGGGGUGAGGAGGGGAAUGGAGGCGCUGGAAUCCCAGCCCACAAGGAGGGGGCGGGCGAGCUCAUCGGACGGGCGCUGGAUUUCAAGAGCGAAGGGGCGCAGUGCUACAAGGACAAGAAAUUCCGGGAGGCCAUCGGCAAGUACCACCGCGCCCUGCUGGAGCUGAAGGCGCUGCUGCUGCUGCUGAGCCAGGAGCCGGCCGGGCAGCGCCCUCCCGCCGCCGCCGCUGCGGCGGGGCUGAGCGAGGAGCAGCGGCAGGCGGUGGAGGCCAUCGAGGUCGACUGCUACAACAGCCUGGCAGCCUGCCUGCUCCAGGCCGAGCUGGUGAAUUAUGAGCGGGUCAAGGAGUACUGCCUCAAAGUGCUGCAGAAGGAAGGCGAGAACUUCAAGGCGCUCUAUCGGUCGGGAGUGGCAUUUUACCACCUGGGUGAUUUCAACAAGGCUCUCUACUACCUGAAAGAGGCAAGAUCCCGCCAGCCGACAGAUACCAAUGUCAUACGGUACAUCCAGCUGACAGAGAUGAAGCUCAGCAGAUGUUCCCAGAGAGAGAAGGAAACCUUGUGAAAAUUAAGCCGCUUCAGCUGAAGUGCCCAAGGGGAAACAUUUCCUUCCUAGAAGUUCAUUUGGUGGAUUUUCCCGUUUGCUCUGCCUCAUCCUCAUCUCCUCAUCCAUCCACUCUCCCUGCUCUUCAUUGAGUAUCAGUUUUGAAAUGAAAGAGACUUGGACGCUGGAUAUGGCUGCUUGCCAACCAUGGUAAUACCCCUUCCCCGUGGCAAAAGAGCACAACAACUACAGCCAGCCUUGUUCCCAGACAGUGUCACACACCUGGAGUAGGCAAUGCUGGGGGACCUGCCUGGUCCUGAACUGACUGCCUAUUACCUAUUAGGGAAGCAACCUCCAGAACAACGACUUCCUGACCAGGCAAGCUGGAGACAGAGGAUUUCUUCUCUGAGUGAUCACUGGAGCUUGGAAGAGCUAAGAAACCAAGAGAGCCACUGGUCAUUCCACAGGGGACAGCAAAUACCUUUUUACCAUCAGUUCCCUCUGCCUGCUUCUCCAGUGUGUGUUAUUGGUCUCCAGUGAGAGCUCACACGCUCCCAGUCUCCUGUCAGUGAAAACUCUUUCUAAACAUCCUCUUGAUGAAAGCACAGAGCACCCUAUAAACCCCCUGCUGAGCUGUCCCGGUGCUGGAGGAGAAGGCUGUGGGUCACCACAGAGUGCUGAAUGGACUGUGAAAGCAUGGUGUACAGUGUGAGGGAAAAACUGUGAAAAAAUUCAUUAAAGGCAAAUAAAAAUUAUUCAUAGGCAACAAGUCUGGGCAUUGCUUUUCAAAGGAGACUCUUUGGUUCCCUGUGUCCAGACAGACAACAUUAUCUAGGGAGGGGGCAGCAUGGGGUGGGGAACAAGGGAUGUCUCCAUUCUUACUUUGGCUCUACCAAUGCCUUGCUGUGUGAUCUUGGGCAAGUCACUUUUAACCUCUUGGUGCCUCGGUUUCCCUAUCUGUACACUAGGGAUAAUAAUACUUCCCUACCUCGCAGGGGUGUUGUGAGGAUGUAUCAGUUAAUGUUUGUAAGUAACAGUACAGUGAUGUACAGUGCUUAUUAUUAGUACAUUGGAUUGAGGUCUUGAUUCUCCCACCUUGUGUUGGUGCUUCCUGUGUCCUGUUUUUUUCUUUGGUAGGAGAAUGUGGUGCUGACAGCAGGGUAGGACCAACAGCUUUGGAGCCUAUUUUGGCAGCCCAGAGGGCCUGUUUAGACCUUCUCCAGCAGUUUGAUCUUCUCUGAGAGCUCUGUCUCCUUGGCUCAAAGGUCCUUUUCUGAAACU